CAAAAACUCUUUUUAGCUCCCAACCUCUGAAACCCUAAAAAAUCACCAAAAAAAAAAAAGAAGCUCUAGCUCCGCGAAUUCUUCAGGGUGGGGUUACUGUUCGAAUGGCAUCUGUAUCCAGUCAGCCACAGUUUCGUUACACCCAACCUCCAUCCAAGGUGCUUCAUUUGCGUAACUUGCCAUGGGAGUGCACAGAGGAGGAACUGAUUGAACUUGGGAAACCAUUUGGUAAAGUUGUGAAUACAAAGUGCAAUGUUGGAGCAAACCGAAAUCAGGCUUUUAUUGAAUUUGCUGAUUUAAAUCAAGCUAUUGCUAUGAUAUCAUAUUAUGCCUCAUCCUCAGAGCCUGCUCAAGUGCGCGGAAAAACCGUCUACCUACAGUACUCAAAUAGGCAAGAAAUAGUGAACAACAAAACUACUGCAGAUGUUGCUGGAAAUGUACUGCUGGUAACAAUAGAGGGUGCCGAUGCACGCCUUGUCAGCAUUGAUGUUUUACACUUGGUUUUUUCAGCUUUUGGAUUUGUGCAUAAGAUUACAACCUUUGAGAAGACAGCCGGAUUCCAGGCGCUGGUACAAUUUUCAGAUACAGAGACAGCCUCUUCUGCGAAGAAUGCCCUUGAUGGAAGAAGCAUUCCUAGGUAUCUUCUUCCUGAGCAUGUGGGACCAUGUGCUCUUAGGAUCACAUAUUCUGCACACACAGAUUUGAGCGUGAAAUUCCAGAGCCACCGGAGCAGGGACUACACUAAUCCUUACCUUCCUGUUGCUCCAUCAGCCAUUGACGGAAGCGGUCAGUUAACGGUGGGGUUGGAUGGGAAAAAACUAGAAGCAGAGAGCAAUGUUCUUCUUGCAUCUAUUGAAAACAUGCAGUAUGCUGUCACCUUGGACGUUUUACACAUGGUGUUUUCUGCUUUUGGGCCUGUCCAAAAGAUUGCCAUGUUUGAUAAGAAUGGGGGUGUACAAGCUUUGAUUCAAUACCCUGAUGUUCAGACUGCUGUUGUUGCUAAGGAAGCUCUGGAAGGACACUGCAUCUAUGAUGGAGGGUUUUGCAAGCUUCACAUCUCUUAUUCACGCCAUACUGAUCUCAGCAUUAAGGUGAACAAUGAUCGGAGCAGAGACUAUACAAUCCCUAACACUCCCAUGGUGAACUCCCAACCCUCGAUUCUGAGGCAACAGCCGGUUUCAGCGAUGGGUCCCACUGUUCAGUAUAAUGGGGCUCCUUAUACUCCGACUCAAGAGCAGCAGCAGCCUGGGAUGCCCCAGACUUCAGCUGGGUGGGGCCCAGGAGUUCCCCCAAUGCCUCAGUCCAUGCCAAUGCAGAUGCAUAGUAAUCCAUACAUGCCACCUGGGACAAUGCCGCCUCAAGGAAUGAUGCAGUCGCCAAUCCAGAGUGGCUUACCACAGUCAUCAAUGUUGCCCCCAUAUGGAUCUGGUCACAUGCAAUAGCCAUAGAUGGAGGCAGACGAAGGCGUGAGGGGACGGUUGCCCCCCCCUCCAUUGCGCUUCUUGGAAGGAUCUGCCUUUAAUUGCUUCAUCUUUUGGUUUUUGGUUUGCUUUAAUUACCCCUUUCUUUGGUUGUAAUUCCUCUCAAACCAAGUCAAGGCUUGAAAAUACACGCCAAAGCCAGUUAAGUUUCUUUUUGUGUUUAAACUAAUUUCUUCAGAAUGUUUUAGCCACUUUUGGUUCUCAUUUUUCAUCAUUAACAAUUAGUGUUCAAUAUGAGUAAUAUGCUAUUUUACUCCUUA